ACCAUAAGGUUGAAAACCACUGGCCUACACACUCUGACAAACAUGGUGCUGUAAAUCUUGGGUUAUUGUGUCUAGUGGAAGGUGAAAACACUGAAAUAAUUUUUGUUGUAAAGGAAUCAUCUCGAAGCGUUAUUGCAUAUAGCAUACCUUAUGAGGGAUGCCAAAUGAUGGCUUCUCUUAUGUGAAAACAAAGAAAAGGAGAACAAGAAACUUUGAAACCAAUAAGAAAACACUGGUGACUGCAGGUUCUGAUAGUGGUGAAGGCAAAUUUAAUAAUGAGGCUGCUAUAAGGAGGAUAUUAUUGGCCAAGAAAGAAGUUGAAACAUCAGAUUUCUAUUCAUCUGUACUAAGAAAAUUAAAUGAAGGACUGAACCAGCUUGACUUCUUGGAUGUGAAGGAAAUUGUCUGCUAUGGUCUUGGCCACUUUGUAGAGUGUGUGGGGGCUCGUUAUCAAUUUGGACUUCUCUUGUCUUUGAAAGAUCAUUUUUCUUCUCACGUCUCAAUAUUUGAUCCUAUAUUUUACAAUUCAGAGAUAAACAUACUUAGAGAAUUGGGGUUUGAAGUUAUCACAGUAAAUGAAGAAGGGAAACGAAGAGCCAGUCCUGAUGCAGUCACAUUAAUAUAUCUGCCACACUGUCCCAAACAACUGACUAACAACUUUUUGUGGUCUAAUUGGGGACCUGAACUUAGAAACUGCAUCAUAUUCAGCAAUAGCUUCUCCAGAAUUAUCGAAUCCCAGCCUAAACGUAUUUUGAAGGCCAAUGCAGAAUAUAUCCUCAAUAUUAGUCCAUAUACGGAGGAACUUGGUGUAGAUAACUCCUUCAGAUAUAAAGAUAUAUUUAAUGAUAUUGCUAUUCACAUUUUUCCACAGAAAAAACUAAACUCUGUUUCACAGGUUUUUUGGAAUUUAUGUGAUGAACCAGAAUACAGUGCAGAUGAGACUGAAUUUAUUACAAACAAAUUUAUUUCAGCAUUGAAAGUAGAAAAUUAAAUAUUUUUAUCAACUGUAAUAACUAAGCAUGUCGCAAGGAAUUGUGAGAUCUCUUCGCCAACUGUUAUCUGAAAUACGUCAUAUUAGCUCUGAGAAGAAACGCCAAGACUCCCUACUUAUUAAAUACAUAAUGAUG